GCGAACUGCACAUCAACUUUAAAGGUGUGGUUCAUUGAUACACGAGUCAUUUAUACUGUAGCCAGUUUAGUUUCUCUUCGGAUCCAACCAUCGGCUACCUUCACACGGAAACUCAGGGCCGAACAUCACCAACGUGCCAGCCGCAAAGUCACUGCAGACGUUUGGGCGAGAGGGUGAGCAGGUCAUUAACAACGCCAGAACGUGGAUACUCGGACCCAAAACGAACUUCCAGGUUGGAUAUUGAACCGAACAAUACGAUGCGCUUAGACGGAGAAUCCGCCAAUUACUAUGGCCAGCAACCUGCUCCUCUACCCAACACAUAUCAGACCCAACCACCACAGCAGAGCGGCGCUUACUAUGACAACGGCCCUCGCUAUCAGCCUCCACCCUAUCCUCCGCAAGCAGAUCAGAAACUAUCCCUACCCCCUACGUUCGAUGAGGUAUUCGUAAUACAAAAGCCGAAAUGGAAUGAUUUGUGGGCUGGCCUGCUCUUCCUGGCCACCUGUGCCGGCUUCGUGGUGGUUUCUGCCAUCUCCAUCCAAGGCUACGCCGCAACCCGACGAGAAAACUCGGGCGGCCUCAACGGCCAGCUCAACACCUUCGGCCUCACCACCCACACCAUCUACCUCUUUCUGUGGGUACUCAUCACGGCCAUCGUGCUCAGCUACGCCUACAUGUGGCUCGCCCGCCGCUUCACCAAGCAGUUCAUCUGGAUCACGGGCGUGCUCAACCUCAUCUUUGGCCUCGCCACGGCCAUUUACAUGCUCAGCCGGCGCUACUACUCGGGCGGCAUCGUGUUUCUGAUCUUCGUCAUCUUCAUGGCUGUCUGCUUCAUCAGCUGGCGCUCCCGCAUCCCGUUUAGCGUUCUGAUGCUGCAGACGGCCAUGGACGUCGCCCGACGCCACGGCCACGUCUACGUCGUCAGCGCCGUGGGCGGGGUCCUGGCCGCCGCGUUUGCCGCGUGGUUUGCGGUUACCCUGGUGAGCGUGUACGUCAAGUACGAGUCUUCGGCGACAAAUCCGGCCUGUGGCCAGGGUGUGGGGGGCUGUAGCACGGGCAAGGUGGUGGGGUUGAUUGCGUUUGUCACCUUUGCUGCGUACUGGAUCUCAGAGUGGCUGAAGAAUACCAUCCACACGACAAUCUCGGGGGUGUACGGGUCGUGGUACUUCAGCUCGCGGAAUUUCCCUCGCAAGGCCACCGGCAGCGCCCUCAGGCGGUCCCUUACCUACAGCUUUGGGAGUAUCAGUUUGGGGAGCUUGAUCGUGGCCAUCAUCAACUUUUUGAGACAGCUGGCAUCGGUUGCGCGACAGCAGGCUGCGGCGGAGGGCGACAUCUUGAGCAGCAUCUUGUGGUGUGUCGCGGGUUGUCUAAUCGGCAUCCUGGACUGGGCCAUCCAGUUCCUCAACCGAUACGCCUUUUCGCAUAUUGCCCUGUACGGGAAGGCGUACAUUCCGGCUGCCAAAGACACAUGGAAGAUGAUCAAAGACCGCGGCAUCGACGCCCUCAUCAACGAGUGCCUCAUCGGCCCCGUUCUCGGAAUGGGCGCUACGUUCGUCGGCUACGCCUGCGCGCUGCUUGCGUAUGUCUACAUGGUCUUCACAAGGCCUGCGUACAACGCAAACGGAGAGUUUACGCCUGUGGUUGUGGCCUUUUCGUUUCUCAUUGGACUGCAGGUUUGCAACGUCUUCACGACGCCGCUGAGCAGCGGGAUCGACACCAUUUUUGUUGCGUCAGCAUGGGACCCAGAGGUCAUGAUUCGGGACCACCCUGACUUGUAUCAUCGUAUGGUGCAAGUUUACCCGCAUGUGCAGCAGGCCAUUCAUGCCUGAUUUCAUGCAGCGAUAGAGACUACUACUACAGUACUGUACUACUACUAUUCAGCACAUUCAUGAUUUAGGUAGAAGGGGUUGAAAGAAGCAGUAAGAGGAAAGCAAUCAGAUACCUAGUCUGCUAGUCUAGAACU